AUGGCCACGACGCCAUUGCUUUCAACAGAAAGGCCCGAGGACCCCGGAGGUGAAAAGGCAAGCGAAAAGACUGGCUUACUCCAUUCACAUCUUCCAUUGGAUGUUCGGAAUCAGUGGUAUGCUCUGGCCCUUAGCUCAGACAUCCCGAGAGCGAAGCGUGGAAAAGUGGGCGCUGCAGCAGAAUCGCCGAUGUCUACAUCACUUUUGGGCGAUCCACUUGUGCUUUGGAGGGAUCUAUCUGGCAAAGCUUAUUGUGUGGCAGACAGGUGCCCACACCGAUCAGCACCCUUGUCCCUGGGCAAGGUGCACGACACGGGCCAUUUGGAAUGCAUUUAUCAUGGUUGGCAAAUCGACGGAACGUCAGGUAAGGUCAUUGAGAUACCCGCUUUGGAAGAGGGGAAGUCUAUUCCAUCCAAUGCCAAAGUGCCUCAUUAUCCUGUUUUUGAGCAGGAUGGAGUUGUAUAUGUUUGGCCUGGGUCGGUUGAAGAGGCAUUGAGCGCUUCAAAGCCCGCACGGGAUACGGAUGAUUCUGGAGCACCGCUGGUGGAAUCAAGCAGCUUCGUUCUGCAGACCCUAUGCAUCGACUUGCCCAUUGACCACUCGUUGAUGGUUGAGAAUUUGCUGGAUCCCGCUCACGUGCCUUUUGCCCACGAGGGCACCAUUGGGAACCGGAAGAUGGUCGAGCCUCUUCACAUGACAGUGACGAAGACUGCCAAUGGCUUUUUUGGUCGAGUGAAAGAAGGACUCCGAAAUGGCUUUGAAGCUCCUUGCAACAUUGUCUUAUAUACGCCACCUAUUCCUGGCAAGAUGGACCUUUAUCAAUACAUUGGAUGCACACCCACUGCACCAGGCCAAAUGCGAAUGAUCUAUCGUGCCUACCGAAACUUUGCAACAUUUGCGGAGAAGAUUCCACCUUUGAAGCGCCUUUUUGACAACAUGACCAAGACGAUCAUUUUUCAAGACUACCAGCUCCUCCUUGGACAGCAACAACGCCUCCGAGAACGAGCCCUACCGUGGAAUAGUACCAUACAGGUGGAUUGCUUGCCUUUGGCUUACAGGAAAUACUGGCAGAGAACCUUUGGGAAGCGAAGUGAUGGACCCUGGUGGCGCGGGUGGGAUGGUAAAAUGGAUAUCGAAGACUUGGAAAAGCUUGGCUCCUGGGACAAAGACUUUGACUGCAAUGGGUGCGCACUUCCAAGACGGCCUCAUCAUCCACAGAAUCCGCUUGAACAUUCCGGUGCACCAGGACAUGCACUGCGACCAGAUUACCCAGCGUCCUGGUGGAAGCCUUGGGUGCCGCCUGUUACUGUAGCUGUGGCAGCGUUGAUAGCGUUGAAACUCUUAAACUGA